AUGUCGCCGACCUCUCCUCCCUGGUGGACGGAUGAGCGCGUUGAUGAGACCGUCACCUCCGCCUAUGUGCAUUCCCAUCUCCGGCCCAAUGAACAAGAACUACUGCAGCGCCCUUUAUAUUUCGGUGGCGACCUGACCGAUGACACCUAUCUGGACUGGAUAUUGACCCGAGCCAAACGAUUCUUCCUCAUCCUUGUUGCGACGGGAGUCCCCGACCAGAUAUUCGGCAUUGUCGAUGACUCUUAUGACGACGAAGACUUGCCCAUCGUCGAGCAUGCCGUCCCCGAUCUUCGUCUGUCCUAUGAACCCGACCGCGCUCUCGACAAACGGUUCUAUAAGAACCAGUUCCGGUUCCUCACUCGUGUUGUUGGCGAAGGCGAGCACAUCCGCUAUGCGGAUGAAGAAACAAUCCCCAUCACUCCUCUCAGUCUGAAAUCGGUGGUCCUAUCUCUGGGUCAGGAAGGGACCGAUAGAGUCCGCCUUCCGGUGGACCCUCUCAAGGUGUUUCUUCGCCGCCGCAUUGUCAUUGCCCCGCCCUUGACUGAAGAAGAGAUCCUGUCCGAAAUCGCGGCCAGCAGAAGACUAUGUCAUCAGCACGUGGCGUCUGUCUUCGGGUCUUAUCUACAUCAAGGCACGUUCCACGUGCUCUCUCUACCCGCCGCCGAAUGGAGUCUCAAGACGUUCCUCACUGACACGCCCAAAUCUUUUAACAAUCUACCCAAGACCGAACGUCGUCAAAUUCUUAUCAAUUGGCCUCAUUGCUUGGCCAAUGCCCUCUCAUGGCUUCACUCCAAUGGCGAGUUCCACGGAGCCAUUCGACCAUCCAAUAUUCAUGUCGAUGAUUGUUUUCACAUUUCCCUAGGAUUGUUGGAUGGAGAUGGUCUGUUUCAUGAUACCGCUAAGCCGGAUGAUAUCGAGGCCUAUCAGUACGGUCCUCCCGAGAGAUGGAAGAGGGCCGUUACAGUCCAAAGUACGGGAUCCGCUACUGUGGCCCUUCCGUCUGGCGGCCGGUCUACGCGGAGACUCGCCGGAUCCGAAAGAUGGAAUGCUUCAGACGGCCAAAACAGCGUGCGGAGCCGAUCAGAUUCACCGGCGACCACUUACACAUUCCAACCAACAUCUAGAGGUAAUUACGCCAGAUUGCGAUUAAGUGCCGCGAUGGGCCCGGAUGCUCCCUCUACGCCUACUGUCCCAGGACACAAUAUGUGGACACCGCCGGCAGACAAUAAGUCGAUUGCGACUCAGGAUACUGCCCGGAAUAUCUAUGAACCCAUGGUGCCUGGAAGAGCUCCUUCGAUCAUGUCUUUCAACGGCAAGAAGAGUGGUUCAACAUUCGGCAGUCAAAUCUUUGUCUCGUCGCCAGAAGGACGAAGUGCGGUGGUUCAAACCUGGCAAUCGGUUGAACAGGAUAUGUUUGCGUCCGACAUGUUCUCCCUUGGCGCCGUGAUCUUGGACAUUCUGAAUAUCCUCUGUAAACGCAGCUACGGCUCAUUUUCGCGGCACCGAGCCGCCAAAAAUCGAAUGGCCGGUCGAGGAGGUGGUCUAGCAGAUGCGAGUUUUCAUGCCAAUCUGGGCCAGGUGUUUGCCUGGGCUCAUUCUCUACACCAAGAGGCCGAAAAGAAGAUGAAGAAGGACGAGAGUCAGGUCUAUCAUGCUGUUGGCCCGGUGGUUCAGCUGGCAUUACAGUGUCUCUCGAGAGACCCUGCAGCUCGUUUGACCAGUGAGCAACUGGAAAAGAGACUGGGCGGGUACAUUUGCCGCUUCGCCAACAUCCCCCAUCUGCAUUGUGCACCAGAAAAAAGCACCGGAAACAAGGAGGGGAGUGCCAGUAUUCCCGUUCGCCCCAAUAAUUCCUCCGCGCGCGUGAUGAGAGACAACAAAUUUUCAGAUCGACUACGUCAACCUUCUCCGAAUCCACAUACCUUAGCGACGGAGCGGCGACAACGGCAGGAACAUCCCAUUCUUCCGGAAGCUCAAAUAUUCCAGUCACCCCUCAGCCACACCCCUCCCAGCAUCAACACGACCCCCGGCACCACCUCUGCCAGUUCUCUCACGUCCUUCAACUUCGAUGGGCUCUCCGAUACCGUGGUUGCGGAAAGUCCACGAUCUCGUGAACCGUCUCGUCGUCGGCCCAGUCGCCGAAAGGAACCUCAAAUUCCCCACCACGAGGUGCCUUGGUCAGAUGAGGAAGACAUUCCGAAGAAAGCAGCUUGGAAUCUGCGGCAUAACAAUGACAGUCAGGUGGACCCCCGACUGUCCUUCGGGGAGUCGGUCGAUACGGGAGCCUUUACCUAUCUAAAUUACAGCACCAGCGCAUCCUCCGAAGAGGGAGUCAAGUAUUUCCCUCGGCCCCCUUCUGACCCUCCGUCCCAGGCGCCGACACGAGAAUUGCCUCCGAUACCACCCAUCCCAGCCAACACCCGAUCGGUAAAACCCAAACAUCAGGUCCCGCCGGUCAAGACACAGCGCAAUGACCUUGCCAUGCUCAGUCAAUUGUCCAGCGCUGCCACAGGAGGACAUCCCAUUCGAGUGGACAGUCUUCCCAAGACAUUGGACCAUGACCGUGACGAUUAUCACGAUAUCAUCCGACACACGAGGCGUCCACAUACAGCCAAAGCUGCUUCUCGAAGUCGAUCAAGGCAAGGUCAUGACCGUCCGUUUGUGCUUCGGCCAGCGGCAUAA